AUGACGCCAGGCCGGCAAGGUGAGUGUAUGAGCGACGACACCAAGACGCCAGGCCGGCGAGGUGAGUCUGUAAGCGUCGACACCAAGACGCGAGGCCGGCGAGGUGAGUCUGUAAGCGUCGACACCAAGACGCGAGGCCGGCGAGGUGAGUCUGUAAGCGUCGACACCAAGACGCGAGGCCGGCGAGGUGAGUCUGUAAGCGACGACACCAAGACGCCAGGCUGGCGAGGUGAGUCUGUGAGCGACGACACCAAGACGCCAGGCCGGCGAGGUGAGUGUAUGAGCGACGACACCAAGACGCCAGGCCGGCGAGGUGAGUGUAUGAGCGUCGACACCAAGACGCCAGGCCGGCGAGGUGAGUGUAUGAGCGUCGACACCAAGAGGCCAGGCCGGCGAGGUGAGUCUCGGAGCGUCGACACCAAGACGCCAGGCCGGCGAGGUGAGUGUAUGAGCGUCGACACCAAGACGCCAGGCCGACGAGGUGAGUGUAUGAGCGUCGACACCAUGACGCCAGGCCGGCGAGGUGAGUCUGUAAGCGACGACACCAAGACGCCAGGCCGGCGAGGUGAGUGUAUGAGCGACGACACCAAGACGCCAGGCCGGCGAGGUGAGUCUCUGAGCGUCGACACCAAGACGCCAGGCUGGCGAGGUUGA